UCUAAAAUCUAUAACCGCGCUUUUUAGUAGGCCCGCUACGGUACUCGGAAAAGUGUGAGUGCAUAACAUCCCCUAACUGACGCUGCACUUUAUGUUUACUAAUGGUACUAAAACCCCUAGUUUAAACAACGCUUAAUGACUAGAGGAAUAUAUGUGGGAAUUACCAUCAGUGAAUUCAACUGUAAUUUAAGUAAAUGUUAAGGAUAGACGAGCGUAUGACACAUGAGCUGAAAAAUACAUUUUGUGACAUAUCUGCAUCCGAAACAACUGUCGAAGAACAGAAUGUUGGGACCAGGUCUCGCCAGAACCUUGCUGGUGGAACAGGUGUUUUUGCAAAUUUUUUUGAAGAGAUGGCCGAGCCGCUUUCAUUGCAGUCUUCAAAUCCCAAUGAUGAUAGCCUUGCAAAUACUUUAGAGAAUGAUUGCAGAUUACAAGAACAAAUGUCCGAGGCAGAGGAAAUCAACCCUUGUUUUCAUGAUGAGCUAAGUCCCAUGCAGGCAUUUUAUGGUGAUAAUUCUGAUGAUGAUCUGAAAAUCCUCGAGCGUUAUCGUAUGCUUAUCAAUCAAAAUGUUGAUUUCAAAACAUGUUAUGGAGACGAAUCUCAGCUGGGUCGUUCAACAAAUGAUAAUGCAAUCAAGUGUGGUUCAUUACCACGCGGUGUCGUCACUGAAUACAAUCCGACGGAUCUAAGUAGUCAGUUGUGUAUUUCAUAUAUACACAGAAGUAAACCACCAAAAAUAUUAGCUAAUCGUUUUUUACUUGGCUCUACCAUUGGACGUGGUAGUUAUGGAAAGGUAAAGGAUGCAAUCGAUCUAUUUACACUUCGACGCCAUGCUGUAAAAAUUAUCAGUAAAUUAGGCGUUCGAAAAAUUCCCGGUGGUUGGAAUCAAGCUUUACAUGAAGUUAGCCUAAUGAGAAGAUUAUCAGCCUGUCGACAUGUUGUCUCCCUAGUCACUGUGUUACGUUUACAAAAUCCAGAUCGGUUAUGCCUAGUUAUGGAGCAUUGUUUAGGCUCAGUGCAUGAUUUACAAGCUGCCGGAGUACCAUCGAAUACACUUGUAAGCUCAGAGAAUGAAUUCGAGUCGAAUGAAACAUCAGGGAAACAUGAAACACUCAAAGAUGACGGUUUACACGACGAAGACACUACAAAGAAAUCCUCUGUAUUAAAGUUAAACAAAAUUCGUCGAUUUCAUACAAGGCUGCCUAUGAUUUCAACACAAAUCCACCAAGAAUUAGACUCGAAAAUUUCCAAGCUGAAAAAUCGUAAAGUAUCCAGUGUAGAACAUUCAACACGUCGCACUGUAAAGAACUCCUCACAACAAACACAACAACAGCAGCAACAACAACAAUUUCGUCGACUUCCUGAAUCUCAAGCACAUGCCUACUUUUUACAGCUGAUUGAUGGGUUACAUUUCCUACAUCGUAAUGGCGUCAUACAUCGUGAUAUAAAACCAGCGAAUCUUUUGUUAACUCCAGCGCCUGGUUGUGGCUUAAGUGAAUUUGGCAGCCCAAAUGGUACAGUCGAUUUACCCGAUCAUAAUUGGUUAUGCGGUACUGGUGGACAGUCGUCAUUUUGUGGUCGUUCACUAGCUGAUCUGUUGGCUGCAUCACGUGGUUGGCUGGUGAAAUUAGCUGAUUUCGGUGUAUCUGCAUCAGUGUCAGCUUUCAAUUCAAAUGAUAUGAUUAGCGGCGGACAAACUACACCAGCUGUUCAACCACCGGAAGUUGCCAAAGGUGUACAAUCAAUAUUUGAUGGUGCCAAGCUAGACGUUUAUAGUGCUGGUGUAACAUUAUACUUUAUGCUAACUGGUCACGUACCAUUUUCAUGUCAAAAUGUGUUACAAAUAUUUGAAGCAAUCGUUAAAGGUGAUUAUACUAUCCCUGGACAUGUAUCAACAAAUGCAUCAGAUUUAAUUAGAAAAAUGAUGCUUAAAGAUCCUAAGAAACGUUUAUCUCUAUUACAAAUUCGUCAACACAUUUGGUGUAUUCAAGAUCCUGUGCCACCGAUGUCAGUUGAAAAAAUUAAAGAGAAAUUACGCAAUGAAUUAACACAAUCAGAUAGUACACCAACAAAACGACGUGGUAUAAUCUGUUGGCUUAAUCCAUUAGUCUAUUUGCGUAGAUCAAAUUCAGAAUAUCCUUCACCGCAUAUAGAUGAUACAGGGGCGAGAAUAUUCACUGCUGAAGAAAUUAUUGACAACAGUGAAGAACAGUUAACCUCAACAGAGGGAGGUGUCAUUUGUAAUGAUGAUACUGCUGUUGCACCAUUCUCUGUUAUUGAUCGAUUAAAGGUAUAUCAUGAUCUGGAUGAUGACGAUGAUGAACACUCAAAACCUGAGGAUAUGUCAAGUUUCUUUUAUUCCCCUGAAGCAUGUUUACAGUAUUCGGGUAUUGAAUCACAUCUCGCCAAUUUAGGUAUUGUUCCGUGUUGCCCACAUGAGUCUGAAUCAAAAUUACAGUUUCAAUCUGCAUAUCCUGUUCCUAUGAAUGCUUCACACAACGACAGUGCUUUCAACAAGGAUAAUCAUUUAUCUGACAAUAAUAUUCAACAAAAACUGAGUCAUGAUAUCUCUCUUCCGGUGUAUGAAGCUUCACAACCGCCGAAUUUUACAACUGAUGCCAAGAACCAGAUACUACUACCAGAACCUCCUGCAUGUCCAGCUGAUUUACCAGUCUCUGUCCCGACGGCAUCAUAUAGACUACCUCCUACAUUUGAAUUGAAUUCAUGUGUCACUUUUCGUACUGGUAGUCUUCCAGAUGCAAGUGAAUUAAUCCCCUCCAAUUCAGAUGGUGGAUAUCAAGAAGAAGAAGCAGUAGAAGUGGAAAGCGGUAAUGUUGUUGAUCAUUCAUCGAAUCAAAAAACUUGGCAUUGUGGAUCAAGGUUUAAAAAACCCCAUGAUUAUACAAAGAAUUCACAAACAUUGCCCGAUAUCGAUCAGGUGUCUAGUGAUUUUGAUACUGAUGACAAGACAUUUAUACCUGAAGAGAGUUGUUCUUCAACUACUCAUCGAAAGAAAGACAAAAAGCAUGCAGAUAAAGAACUUGUCAAGAGUUGUACCAGCAGUACUGGCGGUCCGCAUCAUCCGCACAAUAUGCGUAAAUUAACUAGAUGGUUUUCAAAUUCAUUCACUUCAUUCCGUCAUCGAAUACAAAGUCUUCGACAAAAAGAACUAACAUCGAAUGGUUCACACAGUCAUGGGGCUGGUUAUUCUGCACCAACUCAACCAGCAUUGUCGUCAUCAGCCUCAUCAUCAGCUCCUUAUUGUCAUCGUACUGUGAAUAGUGCAGCAGAAUUAACCACAUCUAUGAUUAUUGAUAAGCCUUCUGUUGCUGUACCCAAUGAUUCAAUUGAUUCCUCGGGUCAUCCGCCGCCAACGUCUCAAUCAUCUCCGAAGAUAUCGAUUUCACGAAUGUUUACAAAGAGAAAGUUUAGUAUUAAAAAAUGACUUUUGUUUGCUUUUCUGUUUGUGUUUUGUAUUCACUUCUGUUUUCAAGUGUAUUCCCAUGGAUUAUGCGAUACUAUGAUGUCCCUAUCUCUCCUAUUGUAUCUAUCAUGCAGAUCACUCAAUCAAAGUGUAGAAAAUUAUAUAGACUUGAAUAUGUUACUUCUCUUUCAUUGAUGGGUGGAUAUAUUGUGGACUAUUUAUGUAAUUAACAAACAAACUUUGUCUGUCUGUUUGUUUGUUUGUUAAUUCUCUAGCUUGCGAGUUUUUGCCUGUGUAUUUAUGUGCAUGUCAGUGUGUGUCUGAUUGACCGGUUGAUUGAUUGAGUAGAUUCAUAUUGCAUUCCUUUCACAAUGCACAGAAUUUAUUUUCUUGCGUGCGCACGUGCCCUUCGCCCUCACCCGUCGUCCAUUUUUAACUAAAUUAGUUCGCUUGAUCAGAAUAAGGAAAGAAACAGAGAAUUAAAGGAGAAACAGUUGAAUUUUUCUCCAGCUGCUCAGCCGCCCCCACCCCUGCUCCACAAACACACGCACGCACGCAGCACUUGUACAAUUUUAACAAUUUAGAAUAUAUAUAAAUAUUUAUUUCUACAUUUCAUACAUAUUUUUUUCUUCUCUUCUGAUUAUUUUUCUCUUUGUUUUGCUACUACUACUUAUAUGCAUCAAUUAAGUAGUUUGUUGUUGUUUUGCUUAACUUUUACUUCAUUCUGUGUUAAAUACAUAAAGAAUCUGUGAAUACAUGAAGGAUGAGAGAGAGACAGAGUACAGUGAUACACACCCUCUGUCUCAUUUACAUAAUUGCGCAAAAAAUGACUAUAUAUACAUAUGCCUUACCAUAAAGCCGUAUUACUAUGAUUACCACUACUGUUAUUAUAUGUGAGUAUAGAUCUGUCUGUGUGUGCUAUCCCAGUGCAGUAAUAAUUGGUGCUGUCGUUUGUCUGCUUAUGUCUUCAAACAGUCCUUUUCUUUGUUAUUACCAUUAGUCUCUGUCUAGUAUUUAUUCUCUUCAUAUCCCAGGCGAUGAUAAUUGUUUUUCUUUAAAUUUUAAUCGAUCCAAUACAAUUGAUUUUUUCUUCUGUUUUUCUUCUUUCCGGUUGAUCAAUCUGCCAGUUAGUUUGUAUGUAUGUGUGAGUGCGUGUUUUUACCUUUGAAAACAGAUAUAAGGAAAUUCAAAC